CGAGAAACUAUUUAACAAACUAAUCCCAUUUAUUAAUUUCAAAAGAGAGAAGAAGACACUCAAAAUGACAAGCUUCGGAGCCGUCGCAGCUAACCUCCGCAACAAGGGACUUGUCACAAGAGCCACUCCGAGAGUUCUUGCUUGUGUCCCAACAAGACUCAUUCAUGGGAGUACAAGGAAAGAAGCCUCCGUCUGUGACAAAGCCACCGAAGCUCAACAAAAGGUGGCCAAAAAGGCGGACGAAGGAGCACAGACUAUCUCCGACGCAGCGGGUAGCCUGAAGGAUAAGGCGAAAAAAACACUGCAGAGGAAGCCUGGAAUAAGGUAAAGGACACAACGGAAAAGAUUAAAGAUACGGUCACAGAAAAAACAGAGGAAACCAAGGAGUCCAUUAAAGCCAAAGCCAAGACCGUGGAGCAAAGCAUGAACACCAAGAACCUCAAAUAAUAAACAUACUAUCAACUACAAAUUUUCAAUAUAUGAAUAAGAAUGUUAUUUACCUAAUGAAUUUUUUUUUUUCGUUUACAUGGAAUUCUGGUUUAUUUUUUUUUUUCAUAAGACUGAAUGAUAUAAUCGUACAAUAAAGAAAAAUUUGGCCAACGAGAAUAAAUGGUGCAUUAUGUUUUGGUUUAAUCGUAGGGCCGAUCCUAAUCAUCU